AUGAUGAAUUCUUUUGUAAUGAGAUAGUACAUGCAUUUGAUCUGGAAAUGACGUUUUUACAAAAUUUCAAUUAUGAAAUUAAGAAAAAAGAUAUGAUUGGACGUGGCAGUAACCCAUUUGACCGUGCAUACAUGAACGUUAGUGUUUUUACCCAGGGUAGCGAUCCCAUACCACUGGGAGUAAUUUGCCUACUUGAUACCGGGAUUGAUACACCACUUCGAUAUGAACCGGAAGAAAAAAUCAAGGAAAGAAUAUGGAAGAUAGUGAAUGACAUAACAAAGUUUCAAAAAGUUGAUCCUGAGGCUAUAAAGACCAUAGUAAAUUUUUCUGAAAAAAGUUACGAAGAAAUGGUCAAAGAUGAACAUGAGGCAAUUCGUAUGUUUAUUGAUAAUAUAGGAAAUAUUAUAAAGUUUCCAAUACACGUGAUAAAAGUUCAGGGAGAACACGACUUCUAUCGGGCAUUUGCAAAGAUACAAGAUAACAUCAAACCGCAUGUGAUCAUCGGCUAUAAUUCAAAUGGAUUUGAUAUGCCAUUCAUUAUUCGAAGGUUGGAAUGGCUUGGUAGUACAAUGAUAGAAGAAUUUUAUAGGAUAGCGACCGGUAAACAAAUGACCUAUUGGGAAAUGUUCAAAUAUAAUGUAUUACGAAAUGAAAAUAUAACACUAGCCCAGGGUGAAGAUGCGAUAGAAUAUACUUAUAUCAAGUUUGACGGAACACU